AUGGCAUUUUUUCAACGCAACCAAUAUGGUAUCAAAGAAGAAUCCCAUGGUACCGUAACACCAGCUAAUGAUGUUGCUCGACUUAUGUAUUAUUUUAAUUGUGUGUGCUACGUCAUUCAAUACAAUGAUACUGAUGUCAGUCGACUUCGAAAUUGUAAUAAUUGGGCAUCUUUAUCAUCUGAAGAGGUUCGUCUUCUAUUUGUUCUUUGCGGAACUCUUUCACCUGAUAUUUUUGAUGAUAAAGUGUUUUUUCAUUCGGAUGCUUUAUGUGGUAAUAGUCCAAACAAAUUUUUUGAAAUAAGUCAAGUCAGCAAUCAAUUAUUAGCUGUAGAAUCAAUUAUCAUUGCUGGUCGACGAUACCGAGUUAACAAAAUUAUGACAUAUAAAAUGUCUUGGAUGUAUGAUAAUUAUAUAAACCCAAUGAAACGAUUUGCACAAAAAUUGAAUACAAGAACUUCAAAUUCAUCAUCAUGUGUGAUCUCAUGA